CUCUAAAGAAAGGAAAGCCAGCGACAAAAACAAACACGUACUUGGCGGCAGCAUCGUUAGGGCUACUUUCCAUUUCUCUCUUCGCGGCUUCCUCCGUUUUUCACGCCCUCUGCGGAUCGCCUCUCCUCCUAUCACGAUUCGAUGUCGGCUAUCAAUCUUCCAACAUCUUGCCUGAUCAAAAGUGCUACUCCAAGGAGAUCCUGUGCCCUAGUGCAGAGGCCAUCUUCUUUGGGUUCUGUUAGGAGUGUAUCCCGGGCAUUUGGAUUGAAGUCUUCUUCAUUCAAAGUGACAGCAAUGGCUGCUUACAAAGUGAAAUUGAUUGGACCAAACGGUGAAGAGAAUGAGUUUGAGGCCCCUGAUGAUGCUUACAUUCUGGACUCAGCUGAGGAAGCUGGAUUGGAUCUACCUUACUCUUGCAGGGCUGGAGCUUGCUCUACUUGCGCCGGUCAAGUUGUUUCUGGGACAGUGGACCAAUCAGAUGGAUCGUUCUUGGACGACAAUCAAAUGGAGAAGGGCUAUGUCCUGACCUGCGUUGCAUACCCACAAUCCGACUGUGUCAUCCACACACAUAAGGAAGGUGAUUUGUACUGAUUUAUUUGUUUUAUGUGUAUUUUUAUCGUUUUAAGUCUGAUUGAAUUUCAAUCAUGCCAAGACUACAAUAACUGUGCUCGUGUACUAAUGCGAAUUUUAUGUCACCGGUUUUGCAAAAUUGAACAUUAUUCAUUUAUAAUCA